AUGGCGAAGCGCAAUGAAGACUGCAAAUUUAUUAUUGAACUAUUGCAAUUAUAUCGUCAACAUACAGUUUUAUGGAAAGUUAAAAGUACUGAAUAUAAUGAUUGAAACCUGAAGAACGAAUUUUCUACAAGACCAAGAAGUACCUGUGGAUGGAUCAUCUACAAUUAUUUUACAAAGCGAGGAUGAAACACAAGACCUCUCAAUAAACGCAGAGGAGCAAAACAUACCAGAGGUAAUUGGAAGUUUAAUUAUUUAUUACAAAUAAACAAUUUUAUAAGAACAUACAUUUUACAUUUUAAAUAAUAUUUUGUUGCCAAGUAACUUUCCCUUCAUUAUUAAAAUAAUCACAGAACUUAAGUCUAAUAUUUUUCGCGGAUAUUGAUGCAUUUUUUCCUCAUAGAGGUUGUAGGCAGUGUAAUUGAGGAUGUUCUAUAUGUUUCAUUUUCAGGGUCAUCAAAAUUAUUGUAUUUUGAAAUAUCUGAGCACUGAUCUUUUAUUUUUCUUCUUAAAAAGUUAUGAAGAUAACAGCAAGCUAAAACUUCUUUGUACUUUUUUUGGUGAUAAAUUUAUUGUGGUCAAAAGUAAUAUAAAACAUGAUACUAAUAUGCCAAAUGUAUUUUCUACUAUAGCUCGGAAUAGCCUGUAGUCAAACACUCUUUCUUCUUCGACAAAAACAAAUGGUAAUUGAUAAUUACUGUUGGGCAUUAUUUUUGGAAGAGGGAUAUUUAAUUUUAAUUCUCCUUUUUUUAAUAACUGACCAAAUUUUGUAUUUGUUAUCACGGCUCCAUCUGACAUUUGUCCAUUAGCUCCUACAUCAACCAUAAUGAAUUCAUAGUUUGAAUCUACGACUGCCAUUAGUAUAACAUUAAAAAAAUGUAUGUAGUUGUAAUAUUGAGAACCAGUUCCUUUAGGCUUUUGUACUGCAAUGUGCUUUCCGUCUACGGAACCGGCAAAUUCCAUUUGCUUUCAAAUCCCUUAGCAACUGCACUCCAACCUUCAGAAUUCUUAGGAAGCUAAAAUAAUAGAAAUAUUUAUGUUAGUGAAAUUACGUUUAAUUAAGGACAAUUAAUUAAUUUUUUUAAUAUCAUCUAUGAUACUUGGAACUCUGUGAAAAAUUUACCCCUUUAUAUGUUUAGGAACAAUACACAAAUGCUAAGCAAAGACCGAAACCAACCAUAUAG